AACAUCUAGUGAAAGCUCGAUCUCGCCUUCAGUCGAAGGACGGCAAGCGAUCGAGUGACAGGAUGAUUCUAGAGGACACGAUCAAGUUCCGCAAGUGUGCUAAAACGCCCGAAGAUGUAGCACAAUGGCGUUUGACAUACAACUUUAUCAUUGAAACAAAAUACUUUCUCGAGCGGUACGAUAGCAUCGUCGAAACGUGGGAUCUAUGCGAUAAGCAAUUUAUGAUGAAUCUGUGGAGCAUAGAAGAGCUGCUGACGAACCUACUAUACAAGUACACCACCGUGUCAACGGACUAUAUCCGGCAUCCCCGGUUGCCGAAGGUGGAAAUCAAAUGUUGUGAUCAUUUGUUUGAAAGCUCAAAAGAUCUCAACAAGCAUUAUUACACCGUGCAUCACACACCUGGCCGGGUGAACGAUGUUCGGUUCUGUGAAAUGAAGGCUGGACUGUUAAAAUUAGACCUCUAUAGGAAUAGUUUGAAGUACUACCUGGAGUUUGGAACCUGGUGCGAUCAUGUUCUGUGUUUAUAUUUGAAGAAAAUUUACCGGAAAGUGAACGUGACGAUGGAUCCAUUUCGGGAAGCACCUCUUGUAGUACCAGGAAAGGAACCUACACCCCCGCCAGAACAAGAAUCGGAAGUGGAAGAGGAUGAAGUUUAAUUGGGAGAUGUUAUCAAUAAAAACAAUUCUCCAUUAUAAUUUAAAAUCACAAAACAAUCUAUUUUUUCCAGAAAUGAUUAUAAAACGUAACAGGAAAAAUAUAGGAGCUACCACGUCAUUUUUACUACCUGUCAAUUACAUACAUUUUAUCUGAACCUAUCCCUGAAA